AACAAGCUGGCACAAAUGGAAGAGGCACCACUUUUUCCAGGAGAAUCCAUCAAAGCUAUUGUUAAGGAUGUCAUGUAUAUCUGUCCAUUUAUGGGAGCCGUUAGUGGAACACUGACAGUGACUGAUUUCAAGAUGUACUUCAAAAAUGUAGAAAGGGAUCCACAUUUUAUCCUUGAUGUUCCCCUUGGAGUGAUAAGCAGAGUUGAGAAGAUCGGAGUACAGAGUCAUGGAGAUAACUCUUGUGGCAUAGAGAUUGUUUGCAAGGAUAUGAGAAACUUGCGACUUGCCUAUAAACAAGAAGAACAGAGUAAGCUGGGGAUAUUUGAAAACCUCAACAGAUAUGCCUUUCCUCUUUCCAAUGGACAAACUUUAUUUGCAUUCAACUAUAAAGAAAAAUUUCCAUCUAAUGGCUGGAAAGUUUAUGAUCCUGUAUCCGAAUAUAAGAGACAGGGUUUACCAAAUGAGAGCUGGAAAAUAUCCAAAAUAAAUAGUAGCUAUGAGCUUUGUGAUACAUAUCCUGCUAUUAUUGUUGUACCAACUAGCGUGAAAGAUGACGACCUCACAAAAGUAGCAGCAUUUAGAGCAAAAGGCAGAGUUCCGGUCUUGUCCUGGAUUCAUCCCGAGAGCCAGGCAACAAUUACUCGAUGCAGCCAGCCACUCGUGGGCCCAAAUGACAAACGCUGCAAAGAAGAUGAAAAAUACCUGCAAACAAUAAUGGAUGCUAACGCCCAGUCACAUAAACUUAUUAUCUUUGAUGCCAGACAAAACAGUGUUGCUGAUACUAACAAGGCAAAAGGUGGAGGAUACGAGAGUGAAAGUGCGUACCCAAAUGCUGAACUGAUAUUCUUGGAAAUUCACAACAUUCAUGUGAUGAGAGAAUCGUUACGGAAAUUGAAAGAAAUCGUGUAUCCUUCCAUUGAUGAGGCCAAGUGGCUGUCCAACGUGGAUGCAACACAUUGGUUGCAAUAUAUAAGGAUGCUUCUGGCUGGAGCAGUAAGAAUUGCUGAUAAAAUAGAAUCUGGAAAAACUUCUGUAGUGAUACACUGCAGUGAUGGUUGGGACCGCACAGCACAGCUCACAUCUCUGGCAAUGCUUAUGUUGGACAGCCAUUAUCGCACCAUUCAAGGCUUUGAAGCCCUUGUAGAAAAAGAAUGGACAAGCUUUGGGCACCGGUUUGCAUUGAGAGUUGGCCACGGUGAUGACAACCAUGCAGAUGCUGAUAGAUCUCCUAUAUUUCUUCAGUUUAUUGAUUGUGUUUGGCAAAUGACAAAACAGUUUCCCUCAGCAUUCGAAUUCAAUGAACUGUUCUUGAUUACUAUCUUGGAUCACCUUUACAGUUGCCUUUUUGGGACUUUUUUGUGCAACUGUGAACAGCAGCGGUUAAAAGAGGGUGUGAAUACAAAAACAAUAUCUUUAUGGUCUUAUAUCAACAGCCAACUGGAUGAGUUUUCUAAUCCCUUCUAUGUGAAUUAUGAAAACCAUGUUUUAUAUCCUGUCGCUAGUCUGAAUCAUUUGGAAUUGUGGGUAAACUAUUAUGUCCGAUGGAAUCCACGAAUGAGACCUCAGAUGCCCAUCCACCAGAAUCUUAAGGAGCUGCUUGCCAUACGAUCCGAGCUUCAAAAGAGGGUGGAGGAUUUACAGCGCGAAGCUGCUACCCGGUCUAUUUCAUCGUCUUCGGAUCGAGGGUCCUCUCCUUCCCACUCGGUCACUCCAGUACAUACGUCUGUUUGAUGUGGCUCGGAAGCCAGAAAUGCUUCUUAAAGAGAGCAUCCUCCACACAUAGAAUAGA